CAGAAAUAAGAAUAAUUUGAUCGCUUCUCUGUAUUUUAUUUAUCUUCUUUGAAAAAGAAACGGGAGAGUCGACCCUCUUUUCCUCUGUGGUCUCACUCUCUCCCCAGAAGGUGAAUCCACCGAGUCCAGUGAGUCGAAGGAUAUCGUGUUUUCAGGUUUCUUAUUGAUUGGAAGGAUGGUAGAUGCUAUUGAUUUAACUGGUGAUGGAGGCGUCACAAAAAUGGUCUUGCGAUCAGCCAAACCUGGUGCGCUAGCACCAUCUGAGGACCUUCCUCUUGUUGAUGUGCACUAUGAAGGCGUCCUGGCUGAAACUGGUGAAGUUUUUGAUACUACGCGUGAAGACAACACCAUUUUCUCCUUCGAGCUUGGCAGGGGUGCAGUCAUCAAGGCUUGGGACAUCGCUUUAAAAACCAUGAAGGUUGGGGAGCUUGCAAAGAUCACAUGUCAGCCAGAAUAUGCAUAUGGGAUUGCUGGCUCUCCCCCAGAUAUUCCACCAAAUGCAACCCUCAUAUUUGAGGUUGAGUUGGUUGCUUGUCGUCCUCACAAGGGCUUGACUCCGAGCACAGUUUCCGAGCAAAAGGCUAAGCUAGAGGAACUGAAAAAACAAAGGGAAAUGGCAGCAUCUGCUAAAGAGGAAGAGAAGAAGCGAAGAGAAGAAGCAAAAGCUGCAGCAGCUGCUCGAGUGCAGGCCAAGAUGGAAGCCAAAAAAGGUCAAGGAAGAGGGAAAGGGAAAGCAAAAUAGUUACUUCAUAUGUACCCAAUGAUACUGGUUUCGCACAUUAUCAAGUUAAAUAUGAAAUUACACAUUUCUGAGUUUA